GCCAUCAAUGAGCAGGCCACCGUCGUUUGCAGCCCAGCAUGAGGAAAGAUCUUCAACUCCACCUACGUUCCACUUGCUGAUUGGCGUUCCGCAGGUACCCGGCUGUUAUUUAUUGGCCCCCAAAGCGCGGACGCCCCAUUUAUCCGGAGCAGAUCUCUCUCCACUUUGGACCUGAGAACGCAGCUCGUCCUUUUCUGCAGACACAACAGGCUUUGCUGAGAAAAUGAGAGGAGGUCUUUUCCUGGUCUGCCUGCUUCUCAUCGUCAAACUUCGAUGUAGUCAGUCCAGAUGCGAGGAUCUGGAGCCACGCAGACUAAGUCCACUUCAGCGUCUGGGUCUAAACAACCCCAAACGGAACCUCUACAAGAGGUACAGCGAUUUGGACUAUGGCAGUUUUGUGGGUCUGAUGGGCAGAAGAGAUGCUGCUGAUGCAAAUACUGUGCAGUCCCCACAAAAAAGGGAAAUGCACGACAUCUUUGUUGGAUUAAUGGGGAGGAGAAAUUCUGAGCCUGAUAAAGCUCAGUGGAGGAAUGAGUACCCUGAGAGGAGGGAUAUUUUUGUGAACAAGUGCAGGCUGAGGUUUCUUCAAGGGAUGUGACGUAAAACAAAGCAACGGCAUCAACACCAUAAAGGAAGUGGCUGACACAAACGUCAAUCACUGUCAAACCUGCCAAGCGACCGAUGAGUGGCCAAACCCGAUCAGCUUCAUAUUAAUAUGUUGGUUUUCUUUCAAAAGUCCAA